AUGAUCACCUCACAGAAUCAUCUUCUAUACGCAUUUACUGUCAUUUUGUUGAUGGCAUCAAGUACUUCAUCUAAGCUUGUCGAAUCGUUUUUGACCAUAAGAGAAGGUGUUCUUCUUAAAGGCCACCCUAUGCAUUGGCAGCGGACUACAAGCUUCUUUUCAUGCGCACACCUAUGCUUAAGGAAAGAGGGAUGCCGAUAUAUUAAUUACAAAGCUUCAACCGAGACGGAGGGCGUUUGUGAACUGUUAAAAGACACCAGUAGAGACCAUAAUAACGGUUACAUAGAUGGGCCAGGAUGGUUUCACGGACAGAUUGUUCCUUCUAGAGUGAGAGCUCGUAUAGGCAGUGAUACGCCAGGUGAGACUAACACAGAAUGUUUUCUAAUAAGCAUUGUCCUUCAAUCCCUCGUGGAGAAAGGCUUUGGUAAUUAUAACCUAAAAAAAAUAUCAUUGGAUUAUGUUUUUGUCUGUAGAGAUUUGAUGUUCUCUAAUGUUUGAAUUAAAUUACCAGAGGUUACGAAAAGAUUCAGGUGAAUUUAUCAAGGAUGAACGAGUUUUAAAGGUUCCAGGUUUACCAUUUGUUUGGAGUGCAAUUCCGAUCAUUUUACCUUAAAAAGAUUGAACAAUCUUAACGUUUUAGAGAAACGGAUUUUACUGCGAAAUCGUGAGAGUGGAUGGAAUUCAAUCGCUUUUCCCCUUCUGUGAUGUUUGUAGUGCUGAUUACUAGGUCAACUCUAAGGAACAUGCUACAGUCCAAAAUAUUUACCCGAAAGUCGUUCUGAAAGCGAGAACUGAUCUCUGAUGAUAUGCCAUAGGAGCCUCUGGUCCACACGCGUCUGUUUCAAAAUUACACCUAAGCAUGGAAGUGUUUACCUUUAAUUAUUCUCAGAUUUCAAAUUCACCUUCACAACUCUUGGUGCGGUGGGUUCGAAUGGGCCAACAGAUUCAUCCGGGUAUAAAGGAACAACAUUACAAGGGAAAAUUAAGAUUGAAAACGGCAUCCAAUUGUGGACUGUACCCUUAAGUGGAUCUUACGUCAUAGAGGCCUGGGGAGCAUCUGGAGCUGAAGGCCGCCAAUCUGCUGACGUGUCAGCAACCACAAGAGCGGGAGGAAAAGGCGCCUAUGUAAGAGCCACUUUUGUUCUCACACGCGGAGAAGUACUCAAAAUUCUCGUUGGACAAACUGGCUGCUCAGGGAAAAUUGGUUCACCGUUACCGGGAGGAGGAGGAGGGGGUACGUUUAUCACUUCUUCCGCAGACGUUCCAUUGAUUAUUGCUGGUGGAGGGGGAGGAGGUGUUGCGCAGCCAGGAAAUUUACAUGAAGGGGAUCCAGGCCAGACAACACGGAAUGGGUCACAGGCAGGGGGCUCUAACGGAUCUGGCGGAAACCUUUCCCAGCAGGGCUCCCCGUUAGCUUUAUUGGAAUGCGGAGCGGGAGGCGGCUUGAACGGAAAUGGGAAGUCUAGAGUGAUCUGGGUAGGGGGAAAAGGAUUUAUAAACGGAGGUAGAGGGGGGAACUCCCCCAUUGAAGGCCAUGGAGGUUUUGGGGGAGGUGGUGCGGCAUGGCGGUAUCCUGGGGCAGGGGGUGGGUACUCGGGCGGGGGUGUCGUGAAGGAUAAGAACGAAACAAUCGCUGGCGGGGGAGGGUCUUUUAACACAGGUGCUAACCCGAAGAAGGAAGAAGGAUUGGGAGGGGAUGGGAAGGUGAUAAUUCAACUUCUCGAGGCUGAUAAAGAAUUUGUAUAGUAACAUUACCAAAGCUUGUUCCGAGAGAAAAACAUGGAAAGUUUCACAUCAAAUAUAAUUUUAACUUGAGGUUCGUGUAAAGUGUAGUGCUGUAAAAUAUAAAAAAGCCAAAAUGCUACAAAUAACAAAUUUGAGAGGAAUUUAAGAUUAUUGUACCAGAAGCACCGUUGCUUACUAAUUGUUCAAACACAAAGAAAUCUAUCAGGGAGAUUAGGAAAAUAUCGCUAUAGUGCCCCCUCUCAUUGCUGCUUUUGCUCAAGCAUCUCGCAGGUACAGUUCUCUCGAAAUCCGAGAGACUCGAUCCAGCCCGCUUUGCUAGCAGAAGGUGUUCAAGGGUUUGGCACGAGGAAAUAAGCCAGACUGCUCACAGACAUCCCACAGCUUUCGCGAGAAGCUUGCCAAAUAUGAGUGAAACAGUGCCAAUGAGAGAAAUCUGACUAUGACAACUCAUAUUGUAAGAAACCUGAAGAUAAACAUUUAUAGAGAAAGAUGUUUUUCGUCUUGUCUUGAGCAUGGUACGAAGGAAAAAAUCUGAGUCUCCAGGAGGAAUCGAACCUCAGACCUUCGGAUUCCGCGCUCCGAUGCUGUAAAACGUAAAGGGUCAUAGGUUCGUUUGCCUCAUGGGGACUCAGAGUUUCUUCUUUGGUCCACGCUCGUGACAAGACGAAAAACAUCUUUUUUGUCUAUUUCUUAACCGAGCUCAGAACUUACCAUCUCUCUCAUUCUAUUUAUGAACAUUUAUGUUUAGCUAAAGCACACAAAACGAUUGAACAAACAGGAAAACAUCUGACGGGUAAUAAACUACAAAUUAAAAAGUCUUUUUGUAGAAUCAGAUCAAUCAUGUAGCCAAAAAGUAAUAAACGGUGACAAAAAGCAAAUGUUGACUUCUCUCUGUGUACUUUAUUUAAAACUUAUUUCCUUUUAGUUACUAUCGAUGUUCCAUCUGGAAGCAAAAAACAGAACUGCAAUUUCUACCAUGUUUGUGUUUCAAGCAAUUUUGUUCGUAUUUCUGCAAUCGGGAAGAAGCGAAAUGAUUAAGAGAUCGGCGUUUUUUAACACAGAUGAGAACGUCAAACUUGAGUCAAACGAAAUAAUCAGCCGCCAAACUAGCCGAAGUGUCCUAUCUUGCUCGCAAAAAUGUUUAUCGGAACCACACUGCCUUGUAUUCAAUUACGGCUCUUCUUCAGUGAACCGAGGAAUCUGUGAGUUAUAUAAAACAUCCAGCGAUGGUUUGAAACUAAUCCAUGAACCCGGAUGGCUUUGUGGGCAUCUUCACGGACCCAAGAAAGUAUUUAAAGGUGAGUUGGCCUACUGAUGACUCGUAAGAGUGACUAGCUUCUAAUUUCUCCUACAAUAUCGCCCCUAAAUCACACAUUAAGGUCAUGAGAAUAAAGGAAAUGAUAACAAGUAUAGAAGCUUUGGAUUCUUUAUCAAAUUCUCCUUGCCAGCACCUUGGGAAAUGUAACGAGAACAGUAUGGAGAAUAUACAUACUGAUGUUAGGGUGCAAAGGGUGAAACAGAUCUAGGCCUAUUGGCUGAACGGGAAAGUGUCUAGAAUGAAUAGCAAAAUAACCGCGGGCUGACGUGAGCUAACCUUUUGGAAAGAGUAUUUUACUCGAUGUGGCUGUGACAGCCGUUCAUAAGAAUGUGUUCUUUAUUCUGGAAAGAUUACUUUCUUGUGUUCACAUGAUAACCAGAACUUUCCUUACAUACAAGAUCUUAUGUUCUAACCACGCAACGAUCUUUUUUCAGUGAGGGUUGCCAGGUGAAGGAAUAAAGUCAACAAAAGCUUAGUUAUUUUAUUAUUUUUAUAUCAGGAAAAAGUUCGGAUAUAGUCAAAUUGAGUAACUAUGCCAACUCAGUCGCUUACAACGAACAUGAACUUUUGGGUGCCAUGUUUCCUUGCCAUUAAGACUUAUGAUCAGAGAGGAACUCGUACCACCAUCCUUAGACCUGCGUAACUGCGUAGGAUAUGUUUCCUUUCCAUUUAAACACUAAAAACACUAAAUUCUGCCACCACCAACUCCCGCAGAAUGUAAAACUUGGCGAACCAAAGAUGGAGGUUGCUGUGUGUUUCCAUUCCUUUACCGCGGGAAAAAUCGGCACUCGUGCGUAGUUGACAACUUCGGGCUGUGGUGCUCCACCACGGAUAGCUUUGAUGUUGACAAGACUCGAGGUGUGUGUGAGGGUAAGUUAUUGUUAUUCAAGAUACUUAGCUAUGUCAUUAGUAAAGGCAGCGUCAUUCGCAUGUGGCGAGUACAAACAGGAGUCGUGAGCCAUUCACUUGUUCUGUCUUGCUGUGUCAAACUGUACCCACUAAAAUUAACUAUAUGGAUUUAGCUAGUUUGCAGAGUUGCUAGUAAGCACGAAGUGAAAAAAAUCAAAAACUUUAAUGCAUUUGCUUCAUACAAGGUAGAUAUUUCAUCAAAUAAAGAAGAGUGCUAGAAUGAAACAUUACACCAAGCGCUGUUAAAUUCGUCCAACCAGGUAAUUCUUAGGGAUAUACGUCAGUCCAAAAGAUUCUGUAGUGUCCUCGUUCCCGUGAGCGGAACGAAGCCGUUCGGAAAGUGAGAAUUAGUCCUCUAUGAUAUGCCUUAGGAUCCUCUGAUCCCACAUAGUAAGCAUGGAACUGUUUACAUAUUCUCAGAUUUCAAAUUCACCUUCACAACUCUUGGCGCAGAGGGUUCGAAUGGGCCAACAGGCACAUCUGGAUAUAAAGGCACAACAUUGCAAGGGAAGGUUCAGAUUGAAAACGGCGCCCAAUUAUGGACUGUACCCUUAAGCGGAUCUUACGUCAUAGAGGCCUGGGGUGCAUCCGGAGCUGAAGGCCGGUCUGACAAGUUUUCCUCGGACACAAGACCAGGAGGGAAAGGCGCUUGCGUAAAAGGAACUUUCAAUCUCACACGUGGAAAGGAACUCAAAAUUCUCGUUGGACAAACUGGCAGCAAGGGGAAAACUGGUUUACCGUUACCGGGAGGAGGAGGAGGGGGAACGUUUAUCACUUCUUCCGCAGACGUUCCAUUGAUUAUUGCUGGUGGAGGGGGAGGAGGUGUUGCGCAGCCAGGAAAUUUCCAUGAAGGGGAUCCAGGCCAGACCACACGGAAUGGGUCACAGGCAGGAGGCGCUCACGGAUCCGGGGGAAACCUUUACGAAAAGGGCUCCCCGUCAGCCUCAUUUUUAUGUGGAGCGGGAGGCGGGUUAAACGGGGAUGGGAAGUCUGGCCUGAGCAAGGAAGGGGGAAAAGGAUUUAUAAACGGAGGAGAAGGGGGGAACUCCCCCAUUGAAGGCCAUGGAGGGUUUGGGGGAGGUGGUGCAGCGUGGCAUUAUCCCGGGGCAGGGGGUGGGUACUCAGGUGGGGGCGUUGUGAAGGAUAAAGAAGAAACCAUCGCUGGUGGGGAGGGUCUUUUAACACGGGUGCGAACCCGAAGAAGGGAGAAGGAUUGGGAGGGGAUGGGAAGGUGAUCAUCACACUUCUGGAGGCUGAUGAUAAAUACGUAUAGUAGCAUUACAAUGCUAUCAUAUAAAGAGAGUUUUACCUCAAAUAAAAAAUGAUAAUUUCUUGCGAUUCCAUGUCAGUAGCAGCUGGUGAUGUUUUUCUGUAAUUGCUAAGUUGAAAUGACACGCGGAAGCUGUGCUUGAAGUAUGAUUUGGGGUUAUGGGUAGGACAAUCAUUGAGGAAAAUUUCAAAAGUAAUAUUGAUUCUUCAAGUUAACGAGGUUCUCACAGGAACAUUAAAGUUUCCAAAGGGUCUUAAUAUUCUUGAAAUCAGCAGGCAAGUCAAGAAACUUCUGUCAUCUUCAGUUAAUUAGUGUACAAAGCGUUGGAAGUUAAAUUUAUAGUAAGUGGACAAAUUCUAAUUAUGAUAAAUGAUGGCAACAAGAAAAGAGGUAAAGCAUGAAAGUGUGAGAAUUAAAUGAAUAGUUUUAGAUUUACAGGGUGUAAUUGUUGAUUCAAGGAUGGUUGUUCUCUUUGAAUAUGAAUAACCUCUUUUAUCUUAAGUUGAAAACCGUUAGAUGCGUGAUUCAAAACAUGGGAGCUAUCCGCUGAACACAAAGCGCGACAAUGUGCAGAAUCUUGCAGAUGCUUUGAAAACGUGAGAGGCCCUGUCACUGACUAAGUGCUCUCUGACACGUGUGGAAAAAUGCUGGCACGUUUCACCGACGUAACAGGCAUUGUCACCAUUUAUCAUAAUUAGCAUUUGUUUACUUACUAUAAAUUCAACUUCCAACGCUUUGUACACUAAUUAAGUAAAGAUGACAGAAGUUUCUGUCGAAACAUGUAUUACAGACUCAAAACUUUUGUCGCUUUCUUCAAACAUCAAAGUUGCUGAUAAACUGUACUGCUGUCAAAGAAUAAAAAAAUCUGUAAAAAACGAUUAGAGAAGGAUUCCUUCCAAUAAUGAUUAUUGUAUCACAAGCAACGAAGGGAGAUAAAGGAGAUGAAAAGGAAGGGAGAUAAAAGUAAACAAUUAAAAUAGAUAUGUUCAUUUUCGGUCGAAAGUUCGUUCAUUCUCGUGAACGAAAGAAGACACACGCUUAUUCUGUAAACGCGGAGCACAGUUUAGACUGUAUAGCCGAUUUCUCCUGUGCAGUGUCAGACAGUUUGGCCUCGCAAUUCUUUUUUCGUCGAGUCCUCAAGAGGAAAAAAGACUGCGCUGCCUGAUCAAUGUCAGGUUGAGGAAGCCCCACUUCACUUUUUUUUAUUUUUUAUUGUGAAUAAUCACUAUUUGCGCAGAUUCUUAACAUCCAUUGACAAAUGUCCACCUCGGUGAAAACUUUUUCCUGGUUGCUUGACUUUUUCCCAAAAAGGUUCAUUCAACUGCAGUUCAAAUUUACUGUCAGUUCGUACCCCGUAGCCUGCCGAUUUCACGUCCACAAGGAUAACAGUCUUUGUGUUAACAUUAAAUUCAAGAUGAGCGAGAGCUUAGCUGUUGUUACAACGAAAAGGACGUGUUUGUAUGUUGAUAAAGUCAUACCAGAGAACACUGAAAAGUAAACAUCCGCAAUAAACGGUAAGCUUUUUGUAAACAUUUUUCUCCGUGCGUUGCAAAAAUAUUCGAUGGAUAUGCCAACAUUUGGGGCGAAAAUAUGGUCGUGUAUUUGUCCUUGGACAUUAUAUGUUCCGCGUAACUCACAGUUUUCCUCGCUCUCAGAAAACUGUUCGCGUCUCGGAACAGAUUAUGUCCGCGGACAAAUGUCCGAGCAUAUUUUAGAGCCAAAUAGAGGCUAUUGUUUAAAUGUACAACGCGGAUCGAAACUCAAAAAGGCUAUAAAAUAAUAUAAAAUUUUCGCUUAAUGAUGAUGAUUCAGAAUGUUUUAGAAAAAUCACCUUGAUUCGGAAAUGAGAUAUGAAAUUCAACCCUUACCUUGGUGUCACAAACUUGACAUUGACACAACAUGACAAUGUUGCUCUAUUAACCACACAGUUGUUGAAAACGUCAUCAACAGCUCAAUUAUUGAGCCGAAACGAACUUGCGACUAUAUCACUGGGUAAACUUAACUCGUGCAAUGAAUGAUAUUAGCUCCCACACCUGUAUAAAGCAUCAUGAAAUGAAUCGCUGUUACUCCCUUGAAAUGUCGCGAGGGAAAUUCACUCUCUUCUUAAGUUCUUAGUAUGAAUCUUGCCAUCUUAUUACUGACAGUCAUCUUGUGUUCAUCUCCACCAAGAAGCCAGAGCCUCUUAUCCUCCUUGCAGAUAAAGGAGGGUUUCCACCUCGUCGGUCAUGUCAUAGAUCGACGGAAAGCACCAAGUGUUUUAUCAUGUGCACAGCUCUGCCUGAAAAGACGUCAUAUUUGCCGCUCGUUGAAUUACAGAAACAACGAAGGAAAUAUGGUUUGUGAAUUGAACGACAAAGGCACGGAUUCCCGUGGUUAUACCUCUCUCGUACCUACGUCGGGAUUCAUCUUUGCUGAGCUGAUUAAUCUCACGGUAUGAUAUCAAAGCUUUCAUGUGUUUGAAGUAUAUUCAUGUCGUUUUGCAUUGAUGCUGUAAGGUAAUACUGUUCCUUUUUAUAUUUCUUUUUUGUUUGUUGCAGGCACAUUAUAGGCCUUCAAACUCCAAGGUUAGCUUUUGAAAGUGUUUGACUAUAUGGCAGAAAAAAAAACGAAAACAAAAACAAAAUACAGCGUAGCGUUAUUUCGCGCAUAAGCGUGUUAUUUUGCCAAGUAUUACCCAGGAUUGCCUGCAAAUGAAAAAAUAUGUUACACAAUUUUUUUGCAAGUAAUUGGACAAAAACUUUUGAGUUCGUAAAACCUGAAAUGAUCAAUAAUCUUUAGGGGUUGCAAGCGAAAAGGCUCUAUUCUAUAUGUAAAUGAAGAGGAUUCAAGCAGGUGAAAAAUUUUGUAAAUUCUACAUGGUUUUGGCUACAAAUUUGAAUCACCGACUGACAGAUCUUAAAAUUCAACCUUGGUAUACUUGAUAUACUUGCCAUGCAAAUAUAACUCAGGUUUGGAGAAUAGGAUAUCUAUUUACGUAGAUCUAAUGUCUUCUCAGGGUAAACACUGUACAGAAGACUCAUCAAAAGGGAGCAACAACACACUUGAAGGUAAAAUGUUAGGGAGUUGGUUAAAUAAAAAACAAUCCUUUGGGAAUGUGCUUAUUUAGAGGCUGUCAUAUAGGGAACUGCUGUGUCAACACUGAUUUAAAGCAGUGAUAGGACCUGCAUUAUUUGCAAAUAAAACUGAAAGAGGUCGUCAUCAAAACACCCUAUAUCAUCACCUGAGACAAAAUUGUUCGAAUCUACACCCAGUUUUUCCGAAGAUCAUUGAAAUAGAACUUAAUUGGUUGCCUUUCUCGCCGAGAGUGAAACAUUUAGCAUUCGCUGCUGCUAUACGUCAAUAGGGUCAAAAACAUUUUCCAACAUUCCACGACGUUUUUUUUUUUGUGUCACUAUGUAGUGAACGAAAAUCGCAAGUAGGAUGCAUGUCAGUUUUCGCUGAAAAGGAGUAUACCGUACGCAGGCCUGAAGCAUGUACAGACUUGGUUUCACCUGAUAAAACGACCUUAACAAAAUGAUAUAGAGACUUUCUUAAUCUGGAAGGUAAUAAUAAGAUAAUAAUGGAAGAAACUUUCUUCGAUUUAACGUCUGCCUCUUUCUUUCAUGGCAGCCCGUACCAAUUUCACAUUCACGACUCUUGGUGUACUGGGUCCUACAGGUCCAAAAUUCACAUACGGGUAUCAAGGUACCCCACUAGAGGGAAAGGUGACGUUACAGAACGGUAUCCAAUUAUGGCAAGUACCGCUUACUGGGUCUUACGUCAUAGAGGCCUGGGGAGCAUCUGGAGCUGAUGGCUGUGAAGGCGGUUACGGUCAAGGGGACCGUCGCAUAGCUGCGGGUGGGAAAGGCGCCUAUAUGAAAGGAACUUUCAAUCUUACUCGCGGAACAACCCUUAAAAUACUUGUGGGCCAAACAGGUGGUAGAAGUAACACAGGCGCGAAUUUACCAGGGGCUGGGGGAGGGGGUACUUUUAUUACCUCUUUAUCAGAUAUUCCAUUCAUCAUUGCCGGGGGUGGGGGUGGAGGCUAUGCACAUUGGAGGACAACGAACGAUGGAGACCCUGGGCAAAUCACCGGAACUGGCUCCCGACAUGGGGGUUCUGAAGGAGCUGGGGGAGAAUUAUAUGAGCGGGGAUAUCCUUCACCCUCUUUUGAAAGCGGGGCGGGAGGUGGCUUAAAAGAAGAUGGAGAAUCAGGACACCUUACUGAAGGGGGAAAGCGUUUUGUAGUCGGUGGAGAAGGAGGAAGAGUGAAAUACGUGGGAAGUGGAGGACUUGGGGGAUUUGGGGGAGGUGGAGCGGCAUAUCAUUAUCCUGGCGCAGGCGGUGGGUACUCGGGCGGGGGCGUUGUAAAGGAUCGCAAAUAUACCAUCGCUGGAGGGGGAGGGUCUUUCAACGGCGGCGCCGACCAGGAA